AUGACCAGCAAUGGUAAUGGCAACUCGUCAUUCUAUUCAAACGCGAACAGCAGUACUUCGACUCUGCGACCUCGGAACACGCUGAACAGGCUGAUUUCUUACGAGGAUGGUUCAUCGCAACACGAUGCCAUAGGAACAACCACGUCGACCUCAAGUACACCCCUUCGUUUUGACUCACGGAGUACAUCUCCCUCCACCUCGACGCAAGUAUGCGAUAAGACGAAACCUCAAAACCUUCAGUCAUAUGCGACGAGCCACAGCCGUAACACUUCAGAGAAUAGGGAUCGACGUGCUCCUAAUGGCAUCUGGGAGUCUUGGUCCUCGAUUCAAGGCCUCGCGUCAGGACUGUUGGGAAGUGCUGGUGCUGCCCAACCUGCGCGUAGAGGAAGUGGUGUGGACAAGCAAAGGGUCGGGCGUAUGGUACAGGACAAGAAUUACGGAUUAAAGCAAGCACAAGCCAAGUGGGGACCGGACGUCGAUACUACAGCGAAACCUACAUUCAUUGAACAACGUCAGGCGUUGCUACAAGCAAAGCGACGAGAAACAGUACUGUUGCAGAGCAAUGAGGCAAGUGUUGGAAAAGAUUCACUUGGCAGAUACAAGCGGAAAGACUCGGACGCGAGCAUCAAUCGGUCGCCAAUCGACAACCAGAAUGAUGGCUAUGUGCUAGUGUACAGACACAAGGUGCGGCCACAGGAUACUAUGGCUGGAGUUGUGAUCAAAUAUAGUUGCCAGCCCGAGGCGUUCAGGAAAGUGAACAGGUUCUGGCCUAACGAUAACAUUCAGCGCAAGGAGUAUGUGAUGUUACCCCUUGACGCAUGUUCGAUAAGAGGUAGAAAGACGGAAAGUCCAUACGUGGCAGAUUUGCUUCAAGAGGGUAACAAAAACAUCAAGUCACCAUUCAGCACGAUUGAUGGUUCCGUUACUACCCCUCCUAUUACAUCUAGCAGUGCCGCAGGUGCCACGGAGCCGUUCCCUUUGACCACGACAAUACCAUUGAAUUCGAAUUCAGAUUCAGACUCAGAAUUCAAACACGACUCUUGGGUAGUAUUGCCCUCCGAUCCUCAACCGAUCGAAGUCCUACGCAUAUCGAAACGUGCAUUGGGCUACUUUCCACUGCUCCGCAGGAAGUCGCAGUCGUAUUCAACACCAGCAGGCUCCUCCGUAUCAACACCGAAAUCGUCGUUCGACAUGUUGAGACAUCCUCCUACACAUGCGGCACAACAAGCACAACUUAACCAGCAGUUACAAAGCUUAAGCCUAAAGAGCAGUCCAGUCCGACACCCUUCGGUCCCACAUUAUCUGACUACUUCUUCGCGUACACGAUCCUCGAGUACAGUCUCAACCUCAAAUGGAACGGCAUCCGGUCAGAACACGUUUCUAUCUGCUUUACAAGGUCCAGGUGGUGUUGGUACUCUCCGAGGUAAUCGCGCUGAAAGAGCGAAACCGGGACCCGCAGAUGAUCCUUUGAACAAGAAAUUCGCACAAUAUGCACCCGACCUUCUUCCACCAGACCACCCAGAUUAUCAGCCGCCAGUAUCGAAUCUGAGUCUCAAAUUGCCACACUCGAGACGACCAAGCAAUUCGAUUCGCGGAACACCACGCGCAAGUAUAGACAGUAUUCGGAGCACACGCUCAAACAGCUCGACCAUGCCCGCUGCUAUCGCCGGCUGGGUUGGCAAAGUUGCAUCAAGCCCAAUGCGAAAGAAAACAGAUAUGAAUAGUAUGCAUAGAGGCGAAAGAGCGGACUUAACCCUCAGUCUGAACGUGCUUGGGGCAUCACCAGGUGAUCCGAUUGAGCUUGCUGAUACACCCGAUGAGGUGAGUAGGCAGCUACAUGAUGCUGUUGACAAGAUGGAUGACAGAACGCCGAUUGCCACACCUACGAUUGAAGAGGAAGAUGUAUUGAACGAGAGAUUUCCAAUUCGAGGAAGAGUAAGAAGGGCUUAUGAGGCGGAGUGA